AUGGUGCCAGGCGUCCGAAGAAGCCAGUUCGCGGCGUAUACGCUGGCCACGUACGUGGGAGCUAUCUGGUCCGCGUUUAAUUGUCUGCAGUCGAGCAUGUCGUAUCUGGAGGCAACCACGAAAUUGUGCAAUGGGGUCAACCUGAUCAUCCAGGGCAAUUUUGUGGUGAUCAACACAAUUCUGCUGUGGAAGGGCAUGUCAAAACUGCUUUUCGGCGAACUCCGUCUCCUGGAGUACGAACACAUCUUUGAAAGACUAUCGUUCACGCUCGUCAGCAGCUUCUUCAUGACGUCCACGUACUCCGACAACGAAUUUCUGUCUGUGCUGGUGUUCGAAGGCGCGCUCAUCUUCGUAAAAGUGUUCCAUUGGGUCCUGAAAGACAGACUCGAGUAUGUGAUGCAAAACACCGACGAAAACACACGACUCGUUAGAUUUGUGUUUUCGAAGUUUGUGUUCAACAUCUGCUUUUUGGCGUGGCUCGACUGCAAAGUGGUCUUGUUUUGCUACCGGAAACUAAUGCGUCAAGGCCUGAGUAUCUUCAACGGAUCAACACUGUAUGUCCUUUUCGGCACCAAGUUCGCAAUGCUCUUCAUUGACGUGCUGGAAGUGGCUUUGAAGACAGUGAUCAAUGCCGUGGAGCUGCACCAAGUCCAGAGAGCACAAGCACAUAACGAGGAUGAAGGUGUGGGACUCGAGGGCAAGUUCAUCUAUGAGAAGUUUGCGGAGCUGUUCUGUCGAUGCGCGAAAGGAUGUCUACAUUCGCUACUUCUGAUUCCCUUCUCCAUGCCAAUAAUGGUGAUGAAAGACAUUGUACUGGACUUGCUGGCCGUUUAUCAAACGUCCCACCUAAUUUGGAAGACGUUGAAGAGCAACCGACAAAUCGACGAAAAGUUGCCUACGGUCACCGAAGCUGAACUCAACUCGCACGAUGAGAGAAUGUGCAUUGUGUGCAUGGAUGACAUGCUGCCCGCCGACCAAGUCACUCACCCCAGACUGAAACCUAAAAGAUUACCUUGUAACCAUACCCUACACUUGGGAUGUUUGAAGAGUUGGAUGGAAAGAUCGCAAACAUGUCCUAUUUGCCGGGUGCCAGUGUUUGACGAGAAGGGGAACGUUGCUCAAGCUACAAAUACCUCGAACACGCAAUCUCAAAAUUCAACUAGACCAGGGGCGAACUCGCCCACUCCGACGCAUGUCGCGGAUUCAGUUUCAUCGAGAAAUGCGACAAAUGUACUUCCUACAGCUUACUCAAGUGCCACAGCCGGGCCAUUAAGAUGGUAUGCAUUUCCGACAAUCAGCUCACAACGGCCCGACGUAAAAAAAAUCCAGAUAUCUGACAGUAAUGGGGUAACGCGAACGCUGACAAUAACGCAUACAAUGCGCCCCGAGUUCGUAGCCCAGGAAGAGUCACCUCAAACGCCAGAGAAAGUGGUGAUCAAAAACUCUUCAAUUGAGAGUAGUUACGAGAUCGACAGAAUGAAAAGAAGGAUAUCCGACUUGGAAUGUAAGGUCGAGGAAUUAAAGAAAAAGGCCCGAACCGAAUAG